AUGGCCGAUAGGAUCCAGCUGGGGCUCGGCUGCCAUGCUUAUAUCGAAGGUGUUGAAACCUCUUAUGGUUAUAUCCCGACACUCGGUGCUGGAAUUGCUUACUGCACACUCUUCGGUAUCUCGAUGAUUCUUCACACGAUUCAAUUUACAUGGAAGCGACAAUGGUGGGCAAGUGUUUUCAGUAUUGGAUGCUUAGUUGAGGUCAUUGGUUGGGCUGGUCGUACUUGGUCGUCCAAGUGCCCUUACAACACAACUGCAUUCCUGAUGCAAAUCUCUACCCUCAUCAUCGCCCCGACAUUUUUCACCGCAGGAAUCUAUGUCCUUCUAGGUCGAUUCAUUCAGCUCCUAGGCCCUGAAUCCUCAUUCCUAAAGCCAAGUCUCUACCUCUGGAUCUUUUGCACCUGCGACGUUAUCUCACUCGUCGUACAAGCCAUCGGCGGCGGAAUGGCCUCCGGGGAAGCCGAAAAGGUUGGGGGCGACACCGCGACUGGUACCCAUAUCAUGGUUGCUGGAAUCGUGUUCCAGCUGUUUUCCAUCACCAUCUUCGUUGUCUGCGCCGUGGACUUCAUCCGUCGCACGAUGCGUCGUCGUCUUCUCCAGUCGCUCACGGGCUCUGUCGUCCCGCUAUUCGCUGCUAUGAUCCUCUCCAUUGUCUGCAUCUAUAUUCGAUCGAUUUACCGAACUAUCGAGUUGUCGCAGGGCUGGUCUGGCUAUCUCAUUACCCAUGAGUCUUACUUCAUUGCGCUGGAUGGAGCUAUGAUGAUUGUCUCUGUGGCGGUCUUCAAUUUGCUUCACCCCGGUUGGUUGUUGCCAAAGGAGAAGGGGAUGUCCAAAAGGGAUAACCUUUCGGCCGAUGGCCUGGAGAUGAACCAGGGACCUCCUCUGCAGUGGUAA